UUCAGGGACACCAUGGAGGGUGGCUUCACUGGGGGUGAUGAGUACCAGAAGCACUUCCUGCCCAGGGACUACUUGGCUACUUACUACAGCUUCGAUGGCAGCCCCUCACCCGAGGCCGAGAUGCUGAAGUUUAACUUGGAAUGUCUCCACAAGACCUUCGGCCCUGGAGGCCUCCAAGGGGACACGCUGAUCGACAUUGGCUCAGGUCCUACCAUCUACCAAGUUCUUGCUGCCUGUGAGUCCUUCCAAGACAUCACUCUCUCCGACUUUACCGACCGCAACCGGGAGGAGCUGGAAAAGUGGCUGAAGAAGGAGCCGGGGGCCUAUGACUGGACCCCGGUGGUGAAAUUCGCCUGUGAGCUGGAAGGAAACAGCGGCCAAUGGGAGGAGAAGGAGGAGAAGCUGCGGGCAACGGUGAAGCGGGUGCUCAAGUGCGAUGUCCACCUGGGCAACCCGCUGGCCCCAGCUGUGUUGCCUCCCGCCGACUGUGUGCUCACCCUGCUGGCCAUGGAGUGUGCCUGCUGUAGCCUUGAUGCCUACUGCGCUGCACUGUGCAACCUUGCCUCACUGCUCAAGCCGGGUGGCCACCUGGUGACCACGGUCACGCUUCGGCUCUCGUCCUACAUGGUGGGGAAGCGUGAAUUUUCCUGCGUGGCCCUGGAGAAGGAGGAGGUGGAGCAGGCUGUCCUGGAUGCUGGCUUUGACAUUGAGCAGCUCCUACAGAGUCCCCAGAGCUACUCUGUCACCAAUGCUGCCAACAAUGGGGUCUGCUUCAUUGUGGCUCGCAAGAAGCCUGGGCCUUGAGCCAGGAGGGCCAGCCAGAGGUCUGGUCAGGCUAUGAGGCCUUGGCCAUCUGUAUGCUAGAGAGGGGUGAGGAAUGGAUACUGUCUAACAGCCUCUGAUUUCAACACUAACAUUCCAUCUUCUGAAAUUCUGAGAUUCUAACAUCCUUGUUUUAGAAUUCUAAGUUUCCAACAUUCCUCAUUCUAGGAUCCUAGGAGUGGAAUUUUCCAUUUUCUAGUAUACUAAGCCUUACAGUUAUCUUAGAUGCAAUCUGACUCCUGUGUGACUGUGGAGCACCCAGGGACGUGGUUUCAGAGUCUACCUAAUAGGGACAAGGAAACCUCUGAGUCUACCCAAUAUGUUAAGGACAAGGAAACCUCUGGACAGUGGUAUAUUGGGGAAUGUUUUAUAACCAGCUCUGUAAAGGAAAAGCACUGAUGUGUGGCAGUCACCAAUUUCUGUGGUGUAAAUGCUCCCACCAUGGUUGAUUUCAAGCCACCGGUGGUUUAAUAACCAGCUCAUAAAUCUAAACAUUUUGCAGUUGACUCUCAUGAGCUGAUUGGAGUCAGCUGGAACAUACCACUGCCUCUAGACUAAGGUCAGCAGAUUUAGCAAAUACAGACUGCCCCAGUUCAUUGAAUUUUAGAUAAAUGAAAUAAAUCUUUAAGGUUAAGUAUGCCCCCAGAACUGCAUGGAACAUGCUUAAUCCAAACAAUGAUUUGUUGUUCACCUGAAAUUCAAAUUUAGCUGGGUGUCCUGUAUUUCAUCUGGCAACCCUACUUCAGACCCAAGUGUAAGGUACAUGGAUGUGCUUUGGUCAAGGAACAGGCCAAGGCAGAGAUCCAUGCCCGCAUGACUCAGUGGGUUUGGUGCACAGGCACACACCUCCACUUGUUAUAUAACCUGUUUGUGUAAGUUCAUACUUGGUCUGAGCCACUGUUGUCUGUAAAAGGUAAUUGUCCUGCUAAUGCUGUACGGAGGCUCUUGGGGUUCGGCUCGGCUCAACAUGGCUUAACAUGGCAGGUGCGCUGGCGCCCAGCGAAAGAGAGAGAGAGAGCCAAAGCUGUCCGUCUUGCAGAUGGACAGGAAGGAGGCAGGACACAGCUCAGUUUGCUCAUUCCCAGAGAGAGAAAAAGUUAAGCUGCUGACCCUGAAGGCAAGGGAGAGAAGGCUACACAGCUGUGUGUGGAAGCCACGGGCUCAAGCAGCCAAGACAGGGCAGACUAUGGGCCCUGAGUGUUCUUUCUGUCCAUCUACCCACUCCCCUCAGACUUCAGCAUGGGCUGGACCUGGACCCCAGGACCUGACAGACACCAAGUAAGAAGAGGAGCAGCCCAGGGAUCAAGGGUAUUCCUCGUACAUAAGGUGCCCUUGUGCAAAUUAGGAAGAGGUGCUUCUGUAGAUGGACACAUUGCAGAAAGGAGUGUUCAGGGCUGAUUAAUUGAGAAAAGCUGUUCCAUCUCCCUGUGGAAGGGCUAUGAGAACAAGGUGACUCUUCUGGGCAGACCAAUUAGAGAAAGGUGUCCCUUCCUUAAGGCUGAUUGGGUCACACUACUGAGCACCUGUCAGCCUCCCUUUUUCCCUCAACCUCAAUCUGUGCCUUUGUGUGGGUACACCCUGGGCACAGCAACCUUGAUAAGAGCCAGGAGACCUGGAAUCUACUCUCAGCCCUGCCACUAAUUGUUUCACUUCUCUGGGCCUCGUAUUCCUAUCCAUGAGAUUUAAUCUAAUAAUCUACAGGAACAUCCUAAGAACAGCGGGAAGUCAUUGAUGUGGAAGUGCUUUUUUUUUUUUUUUUUGAGACAGAGUCUCACUCUGUCGCCCAGGCUGGAAUGCAGUGGCGUGAUCUUGGCUCACUGCAAGCUCCGCCUCCCGGGUUCAGGCCAUUCUCCUGCCUCAGCCUCCCCAGUAGCUGGGACUACAGGUGCCCGCCACCACGACCGGCUAAUUUUUUGUAUUUUUAGUAGAGACAGGGUUUCACCGUGUUAGCCAGGAUGGUGAAAGUGCUUUUUUUAAGGUGUAGUUUCACUCUUGUUGCCCAAGCUGGCGUGCAAUGGUGCAAUCUCAGCUCACUGCAAGCUCCGCCUCCUGGGUUCAAGUGAUUCUCCUGCCUCAGCCUCCCGAGUAGCUGGGAUUACAGGCGUGCACCACCAUGCCCAGCAAAUUUUUGUGCUUUAAAAAGUAAAAUGUUUUGCGCAAAUUGACCCAUUGAUGUUAUUCCCCCAGAGGGUCAGGGCUGAGAUGGUCUUUCAAAAUUACCCAGUCUAAUCUCCGGGUUUUUUGUUUGUUUGUUUUGAGACAGAGUUGCACUCUAUCGCCCAGGCUGGAGUGCAGUGGUGCAAUCUCAGCUCACUGCACCACGUUCAAGCGAUUCUCUUGCUGCAACCUCCCAAGUCGCUGGGACUACAGGCGUGCACCACCACACUCAGCUAAUUUUUUUAUUUUUAGUAUAGACAGGGUUUCACCAUGUUGGCCACGCUGGUCUUGAACCUCUGACCUCAAGUGAUCCUCCCUCCUCGGCCUCCCAAGGUGCUGGGAUUACAGGCGUGAGCCAACACGCCCAGCCAAAUCUCCAUUUUUUUUAAUAGUCAGGGGCAAUGAGGUCCCAAGAGGGAAAGCAACUUGUCCAGAGACACACAGCAAGCUGGUGACAGAGCUGGAAUAAGAACUCAGGUGUUCUGACUCCUCGUUCACCCAAUGUACCCUCAUUCCACCAGGUCUCCCCACCGGGCUUGGAAGGGCAGGGGGCCCUGUUUCCCUUUGGGCUCUCUUUUAGCAUAGACUCGUUUCUGUGAUAACAUCCCUGCCAGCAUUCCUUCCCUUCCUGGCUCAUGCUUUACCCCAGAGAGCCAGUGGACCCCAGCUUUUCUCUCAGUACAGCCCUCUCCAGCCUUGUCUGGAAAGGCAUUGAAUAUGGGUAGUUUUAUUUUUAUUUUUUUGAGACCUAGUUUUGCUCUUGUUGCCCAGGCUGGAGUACAAUGGCAUGUUCUUGGCUCAUUACAACCUCCGCCUCCUGGGUUCAAGUGAUUCUCCUGCCUCAGCCUCCUGAGCAGCUGGAAUUACAGGCAUCCACCACCAUGCCUGGCUAAUUUUUGUAUUUUUAGUAGAGACGGGGUUUCACGAUGUUGGCCAGGCUGGUCUUGAACUCCUGACGUCAGGUGAUUUGCCCACCUUGGCCUCCCAAAGUGCUGGGAUUACAGGUGUGAACCACUGUGCCUUGCCGAAUAUGGGUAGUUUUAGACAUGCUCAUGGCAGAAUGAUCAAUAGGCGGAAGAAGUGGGAGGUCCAGCCGAUGUGGAUCCCUGAGAGCUCAUGUCCACAAACAGGGGAAUACUAGUGGCUAAAAUAGGUCUUGUAGGGAAUUUUAAAGACAGGUGAAGUGUCUGUUGAGGCAGCCAAAAAGGGGCCGGCUUCUGCCAGGUGGCAGCCAGGCACUGUCCAGGAGAGGAGAUUGCCAAGGAAAGGAGGCUACAAAUGCCCCCUCCUUGUGAUGUCAGGACCUCCCUUAGUGAGCGAUUUGGCCAAGACACAGGGAAAAGACACAGGAUCCAGAUCCGGGGCUCUGCUCCUUGGAUGGCUCAGUGCAGAGAGUCAGCUGGCUGCCUGGAAGGAGAGAGUGGGCAAGGGUGUGAGGGAAUCUUUGGGGGCUGUGGAAGCUGUUCUAGCUUAUGAAACGGGGCUGGGAUGGACUGAGUGACUAUGCUGUGCUCUGUCAUUUGUCCAUAAGUACUCUCUCCAUGCUCUAAUAAAACAUUUUGUUUUACUCUAUCCAGUGGGCAGAACCUGUGAUAUGCUGUCAAGACUAUGGGGGAAGGAGUCUUUAGGGAAGAAAACCCCAUUGUGACUAAAAGAAGGAACCUUCUGUUUGGGGCAGAGAGGCAGACUUGUAAGUCAUGACCAUUGAUCCACAGAACUGUUUCAUCAUGCAACAAUGAAACUCUGUACCCGUUAGACAGUAACUCCUGGUCUCCCUUCCCCUUGCUCCCAGCAACCACCAUUCUACUGUGUCUUUAUGAAUGUGACUACCCUAAGUACCUCAUAUAAGUGGAAUCAUACAGUAUUUGUCCAUUUGUGACUGGCUUACUUCACUUAGCAUAAUGUCUUCAGGUUCAUCCAUGUUGCACUGUGUCAGAAUUUCCUUCCUUUUCAAGGUUAAGUAAUAUACCAUCAUAUGGAUAUGCCACAUUUUGUUUAUCCAUUCAUCCACUGAUGGACACUUGGUUGUGUUUGUGUUUGGGCUAUUGUGAAUAAUGCCUUUAUGAGGCCAGCCACAGGUAGAACUCACCGAAUUCUCACAACAGCUCAUGUGGACAGUAUUAUUUUGAAAUUCCAUUUUACAGCUGAGGAAACUAAGGCACAGACUUUCUCAAAGUAGCUAUUAAGUAGAGAGCUGGGCUUAUGAGCCCAAGCACUGUCAUUCCAGAGCCUGAGCUUAACCUGGACCCCACAUUGUCAUCUCACAGGGGUGCCAGAAGAACAUCUAACUAGGCUUGGGGGAAGUCCAGGAAGCCUUCAUGGAGGUGAUCUGUGAGCUGAGAGCUAAGAGUGAAUAGUUCACUGAUGGCUGAUGGAGAGAAGAAGGGCUAGCCAUUCCCAGCAGAGGGAAAACCUGUGUGUUGUGGCUAAUUACACAAAAACCCAUCUCCACUCCUAAGUCAUGGCCCCUGUGGUCCUGAAGUAACAUGAAUUUGAAAACAGAAGACACAGGAGAUUUAUUAUCUGUGUGGUACUCCCCACUUCCUACCUAUCCACCUCCACCACAUCAUAGGAAUCAAGUAUCAAGGCCAAGCCAGACUUGGAGAGAUGCCAGCAGAAGCAUUUCAUAGGCUCAAAAGGAUGUACAUUUCCCAAUUUCUUCCUGACCUAUUUCUAACUCCCGUAUCCUUAUGGGGGUGGAGCUGGAGGUUGAAGGGGCUGUGGGGGAGGUGGGGAAGAGGAGGAUGAAACCCCCACAGCUCUUUUGCCCUCUGCCUGUAAGUUCAGCCUAUCUUAUCCUAAUGCAUUCUUGGCUCCUUGCUGAGAAAUGCUGCUUAUCUUGCGACUCCAUUCUAAUCUCAAAAACCCUGCAUUUAUUCUUUUUCCUAGAACUCUGAAAAAACCCAAGUUCGGGGAACAUGGUUGUUUACCAGAGUCAUUUGAACUGCUUAUCUAGAAAGGAAAGGAACAAAAGUUGGCCAUUCUGGUCAUCUCAGCUUAGGCAGCACCGAGGUCAUGGAGAAAUUUUCGUAGGCAGCUGCCUCUACUUAUGGGAAAAGCUAUAAAAACAUACAGUUGCGUACAAGCACAGAAGUGAGACAGGCCCAGGCUCAUGUGGAGAUCAAGGACUGCAGGACUUGAGCUCUGAGAUCCUGCACAUGUGGGCAUGUUAUAUGUACAAUAAGCAUGUGGGGUGUCAUGAACUGAGAUCCUAAUAAAAAGAACCAGAGGUAUAGAAACAUGACAUCUUGAAACAAAACAACACCAGUGUUCCAGAGAUUGUUAGUUGUUCUCCCGUGCCCAGUAUGCCCAUUAACUUCUUCAGAGUAAUAGAUUUUUUAGCUGGGCUCCAUUUAGCUGGGCAAGGCUGCCUUAAACAAAGACUAUCUUUCCUAGUCCCCUUUGCAGCUUUGUGCGGUCAAGUGAGUGAGUUCUGACCGAAGGGAUUUGAGCAGAAGUGUCGUACCAGCUUCUGGAAGCCUUCCUUAAGAUGUGGUAAACCUAGACUCUGCUAUUUACUCUUCAUCCUUUACCCUGUCCUGUGAUCUGGAAUGUGGCUGCUGGCAUCUUGGUUUAGGAGAUCAAGGCCACACAUGGCGGAGAAACAAGACAGAGGGAAACUGGGAACCUAAUAAUGUGAAGCACUCAUGAGCCCUGGGUUUUUAUAUGAGAGACAAACAGACUUUCAUCUUGUUUAAGUCACUGAUAUUGUUGUUACCCUUAUUAUUAUUAUGGCAGAAAUGCCAGAGAAGUGGUGUUGUGUCUCUUUCAGUGCAUGAGGAGGUGUAUAACAUUGACAGUCCUCUGGCUGGGGACGAUAACUUUGAUCACUUGGUUAAUGGGUUGGCCAACUUCUCCAUCAUAAAGUGAACAUUUUCCCCUUUGUAAUUAAGCAGUAUCUUACGGAGAGAUUCUUUGAGAUGACAUAAAUAUCCUGUAUCCACCA